AUGCUGUUGCUCCUGUCGCUCCUGCCGCCGCCGCCGCCGCCGCCGCUGGUCCUGCUCCUGCUUUUAUUUCUUCUGCAUGACAGUUGCUUUCUCCAUCUGAGCAGACCCCAGCUUCAGCUGCUCGAGGUGAGAAACAUGCCUUUCAGUUUGGGCUACUGGUUUACUUAACUGACCGCCGCCGCAUCAGCUCCUGGGUUUCUCCGCUGGCCUCCCGUCUUCCUGACCCUGCCAGGAUGGUUUGGAGAAGCAUAUAAAAGAACUGCAAAAGUGGCCCAGAAACAGCAGUCAAGAAUUACAAUAUACUUUUAUUUGGUUGUUGCUAGAGGCUUUUUUUUUUU